AUGCGUGCAGAUCUUAGCUGUUUAACAAGUUGUUGUGUUCUGCACUCUCACUUUAUAGCUCCUAGUUCACCUCCACAAUCCCUCUCAGUAAAACAGUUGUCGGGUGUCACUGUGAAGUUGUCAUGGAAACAACCACUGGAGCCAAAUGGAAUUAUCCUCUAUUACACAGUUUAUGUCUGGAAUACAAUAUCAAAAAGAAGUGUUAAUGUAACUGAAACAUCACUGAUAUUCACAGACCUAGAAAAUAACAAUGAAUACAAAAUUUAUAUAACAACAAGUACCAGAUUUGGGGAUGGAAACAUAAAAAGUAGCAUUAUAAGCUUCAGAACUUCUGAAGGAGCACCAAGUGAUCCACCAAAAGAUGUCAUGUACAGAAACCUCACUGCAUCAUCAAUAAUGGUUUUCUGGUCCCCUCCUCAAAGGCCUAAUGGGAUUAUACAAUAUUAUUCAGUUUAUUACAAAAAUAAUUCAGGAAUUUUUAUGCAGAAUUUCACCAGACAAGACAUUGACAGUGGUGUUGACAAUAAAUCUCUGUCUGCAGUAUUAGACAAUUUGGCAAAAUGCAGCUACUAUACGGUGUGGUUAACUGCAGACACUGCCUUUGGAAAUGGAAACAAGACCAGUGAGAUAAUGCACGUGUAUACAGAUCAAGAUAUUCCAGAUGGCCCUGUUGAAAGUUUGACAUAUCAAAAUGUUUCUUCAACUGCUAUAAAUGUAAGCUGGCUUCCACCAUCCCAGCCAAAUGGUAUAGUCUUCUUCCUUGUUUCACUAAAUUUAUGGGAUACACAAACAGACAGUGAGCUAUUGUCUCUCAUUACUUACAAUACAAGUGUGCUUUUGGAUAAGCUGGAGAAGUACACAGAUUAUAUUCUGAAAAUCAUUCCAGCAACAGCAAAGGGAUCUUCUAAAAUGCACACUGUGAAACUGCACAUCAAAACUGAAGAAGAUGUCCCUGAAUCUUCACCUGUAAUCAGAACGUAUAAGAAUCUUUCAUCUACCUCAGUUAUGUUGUCCUGGGAUCCUCCUCGCCAACCAAAUGGUAUCAUAAUAAGUUAUGAUUUAAAGUUAUAUGGACCAGAAAGGAAUGAUUCUUGGUCUACCACCAAUAAUUCUAUCAUUCUAGAAGAUCUUUUACCAUUUACACUGUAUAGUAUUUUUGCUGCUGCAAGAACUAUCAGAGGACUUGGUCCAUAUGCUACCUUUAACUUUUACACAGAUGAGUCAGUGCCAUUAGCACCUCCUCAGGAUUUGGCUAUUUUCAACUAUACUGCCUACUCUGUGUGGCUAAAAUGGAGGCCAAGUCCCCAGCCAAAUGGUGCUAUUAAGAGCUAUAGUUUUAAGAUUCAUGAAAACAAGAGUCAAACCAUAUUUUAUCAGAAUGUUUCAGGUUCACACAGUGAUGCAAACCUUUUUGGAUUAGAGCCAUUCAGCACCUAUUUUAUCAGUGUCUGUGCUUUUACAAGAGUUGGAAAUGGCAAUCAGUUCAGUAACAUUGUCCAAUUCACAACAAAAGAAUCAGCUCCAGAUGUUGUCCAGAAUGUUCAGUGUACUGCAACAAGUUGGCAGUCAAUUCUAGUGCACUGGGACCCACCUUCUAGGUCAAAUGGAGUGAUUACACAUUACAUCAUAAUAUUUGAAAGGAAUUCUACAAGCAUUUCUGAUUAUGAUAAGGUGCAUACUUUCAGAGAUCUGCUAUCAAAUAUUUCUUACCAAUUUAAAAUAAAAGCUGCAACAUCUGCUGGUGAAGGAAAAGAACAGAUAUGCAAUGCCAGCACAUUUCCAGAAAAAGUCCCCAGUGCUCCCAGAGACGUUGCUUUUUCCAACAUCCAAUCAACAAGUGUGACUUUGGCAUGGAGAACCCCACAUACUAUCCUUGGCUACUUUCAAAACUACAAGAUUACUACACAGCUGCGGUCCAUCCACUGCAGUGACUGGGAAAACAAUGAAUGUAUUGAAUAUGAGAAGGAUCAAUAUUCCUAUGAAACUGGUGUUGAUGACUAUAUGGAGGAGAUAGUACGUGAACUAAAAAAAUUCAGAUGGUAUAGGUUUAAAGUUGCUGCUAGUACAAAUGCUGGUUAUGGCAACACUUCGCCUUGGAUUUCUACACAAACUCUGCCUGGCUCUCCAGAUGGUCCACCAGAAAAUGUAACUGUAGUAGUUACAUCUCCUCACAGUAUUAACAUCAGUUGGAGUGAACCGGACAUUAUUACUGGACCAACAUUCUACCUCAUAGACGUUACCUCAGUAGAUAGUGACGAUUAUAAAGCUUCAUUUCUCAAGACAAAUUACGAGGGUAAAACCCUGGAAAUUUCAGAUUUAAAAUCAUUCACAAGAUAUUCUGUAGUAGUCACCGCUUUUACAGGAGAUGUAAGUGCUGCACGUAUUGAAGGCAAGUCUAGUACUUCCGUAAUUGUCUCCACAUUUGAGGCAGUGCCUAAAGACCCACCUAACAACGUAACAUUUCAGAAGAUACCAGAUGAAGUAACAAAAUUCCAAGUGAUGUUUGUGCCACCAUCUGAACCCAAUGGAAAUAUUCAAGUAUAUCAAGCCAUGAUUUACAAAGAAGAUGACCCUGCAGUUGUCCAGAUUCAUAAUCUAAGUGUCAUUGACAAAACAAAUAAAUCGGUCACUGCAGUGAUAGAGGGGCUAAAAGGAGGACAUACGUAUAACGUCACUGUGUAUGCAAUAAAUGGUGCUGGUGCAGGGCCAAAAAUCCAACUAAAAAUAACUAUGGAUAUUAAAGAGCCACCAAGACCUAAUAAGAAACCAACACCAGUUUUUGAUACUAGUGGGAUGCUACUUGUUACUGCUACAACAAUUACUAUCAGAAUGCCAGUAUGCUACUAUAAUGAUGAUCAUGGACCUAUCAAGAAAAUACAAGUUCUUGUUGCAGAAGCAGGAGUUCAGCAUGAUGGAAAUGUUACUAAGUGGUAUGAUGCCUACUUCAAAAAACCAAGGCCAUAUUUUACAAAUGAAGGCUUUCCAAACCCACCCUGUACAGAAGGAAAGGAAGUACUGAGUGGCAAAGAAGAUAUGUAUGUUAUAGGUGCUGAUACUACAUGCAUGAUACCUGGGAGUGAAGAUAAAAUCUGCAACGGCCCCCUAAAACCAAGAAAGCAGUACUUAUUUAAGUUCAGAGCAACAAAUGUUAAAGGCCAGUUUACAGAUUCAGACUAUUCUGACCCUGUCAAAACUUUAGGUGAGGGACUGUCAGAAAGAGCUGUAGAAAUAAUACUUGCAGUCACUUUGUGUAUACUUUCCAUAAUUCUUCUUGUGGUGGCAAUCUAUGCUUUUGCAAGAAUCCGACAAAAGCAAAAAGAGGGAGGCACCUACUCCCCACGGGAUGCAGAAAUUAUUGACACUAAAUUCAAGCUGGAUCAGUUGAUCACAGUGGCAAACCUGGAACUGAAGGAUGAGAGAUUUACUCGAUACUCCUCAUUUUUCUUUAGACGCAAGGAGAUAUUUGUCAUCCAGUUACUUAGUUAUAGAAAAUCCAUCAAGCCAAUAAGCAAGAAAUCCUUCCUACAACAUGUUGAAGAACUUUGCACAGAUAACAACCUAAAGUUUCAAGAAGAAUUUUCGGAACUUCCCAAGUUUCUUCAAGACCUUGCUUCAACUGAUGCUGAUCUGCCUUGGAACAGGUCUAAGAAUCGCUUUCCAAACAUAAAGCCAUAUAAUAACAACAGAGUAAAGCUGAUAGCUGAUGCUGGCAUUCCAGGAUCUGAUUACAUCAAUGCCAGCUAUGUGUCUGGCUACUUGUGUCCAAAUGAGUUUAUUGCUACUCAGGGACCAUUACCAGGAACAGUGGGUGAUUUCUGGAGAAUGGUGUGGGAGACUAGAGCAAAAACACUCGUGAUGCUUACGCAAUGUUUUGAAAAAGGACGGGUAAGAUGUCACCAGUACUGGCCAGAAGACAACAAACCAGUGACUGUGUUUGGAGAUAUAGUGAUUACCAAAUUAGUGGAAGAUAUUCACAUAGACUGGACUAUCAGGGAUCUAAAAAUUGAAAGGCAUGGGGAUUGUAUGAUGGUACGUCAGUGUAACUUUACUGCCUGGCCUGAACAUGGGGUCCCUGAAACUACAGCACCAUUAAUCCAUUUUGUCAAGCUGAUCCGUGCAAGUCGAGCACAUGAUAACACACCUAUGAUUGUUCACUGCAGCGCUGGGGUUGGAAGAACAGGGGUUUAUAUUGCACUAGAUCACUUAACACAGCAUAUAAAUUAUCAUGAUUUUGUGGACAUCUAUGGACUUGUAGCCGAGCUGAGAAGUGAGAGAAUGUGUAUGGUACAGAACCUGGCACAAUAUAUUUUUUUGCAUCAGUGUGUUUUGGACCUAUUGACAAGCAAGGGAAGCAGUCAAUCCAUAUGUUUUGUAAAUUAUUCAGCACUGCAAAAGAUGGACUCUUUGGAUGCCAUGGAAGGUGAUGUGGAACUUGAAUGGGAAGAAACUACCAUGUAAAUAUUUAAAACAAAGAUUAUUAGGUCUUGAAAACCAAAUGGUAUUUUUCUAAACUCAGGGGCCAAAACAACUCCCCUUCUUAUAAUGAAUUAAAAACAAUCAUUUUUUUAAACGUUGAAAUGAUUCCUUUUCUAUCAAUGUGCCUUCAUAAAUGUGAUAAAUUAUUUUAUGCAAAUCACUAGGCAAUAAAGAUCAGCAAUACUUUUGCCCAGAUUGCAGUUCUGUUGUUAUAUAAAUAACUCAGUAUGUAUUUAAAUUGAAAGUGUGCUCUCAACAAAUGCCCCUUUUUCCCAGUUAUCUUGUAAAAGCUUAAAAAUGAGCCAAAUGUGAAGGAAAAUGUUCAUAUUCCUAGCGUGCAUAAUUCAGUGUGAAUUUGCUGUAUUCUUUUGUUUGUUUUUGAGUAAAAGCUUGAAUUCUUUGACUCAGUAAUGUUAGUUUGGCCUCCAGGGUGUUGACAAUUCUUGUGGAUUACUUCCAAUACUGUCACAAUGAUCUUUACCUAAAUGUAUGUUCUUGUGUUUUAAAUCUGCUGUUUUACGAGUGCUAGGAUAUCAUCUCAUGAUCCUGAACAGCUGAAGAGUCACCCCCUGACACUGCGAGGAUUAUUCAGCUUUUACACAGCACACAGUAGCUCUUCAGGGAUACUUGGAGCUAUUUAAGCUAACUUGUGAUCACCCGGUUGUUGUUGUUAAAUGUUGCUAGUGAUUGCACAUGCUUGAUGAUGAAGAAAGGAUCUCACAUUCCUGCUACUUUUGUAAAACUGAAAGGAAAAGAAAAUAAAGUUUUAAAUUUAUUACA